GAAUCUUUCAGAACUUUUUGAUGAACAAGGCUUCAAUCUUGUAAACAAUCAUGGCUGAUGUUUUGGAAAAUCUGAAGAAAAAUGGCAUUUAUAAGAAGAUUUUGUAUCCAGGAGAGGGCGAAUUGCAACCAUAUAAAGAUGGAUGCAAGCUUUAUUUCCACUAUAAAACAACAAAGUGUGAUGAAGACAGAACAGUUAUUGAUGAUAGUAGGAAACAUGAUAAACCAAUGGAGUUGAUCUUAGGAAAGAAAUUUAAACUAGAAAUUUGGGAGACAUGUUUAAAAACAAUGAUAAAGAAAGAAGUAUCUGAAUUUAUUUGUGAAAGAACUCACGUAGCGACCUACCCAUUAGUAUCAAAGAGCCUACGUGCAAUUCAUCAUCCAGAUAAACACAAUCAUAAACAUGAAGAGAAACAACAUUGUUGUGGUAUGAUGGCGAUGGCUGAUCAAGGCACAGGUUAUCCAGAUUUAGAUGAACUGAUGAAAGAUCCACAACCUCUCAUAUUCACAUUAGAAUUAGUCAAAGUUGAAAUGCCUGAAGAUUUUGAGAAAGAAUCAUGGAUUAUGACGGAUGAGGAAAGGUUCAGUUCGUUACCCAAAUUAAAAGAAGCUGGAAAUCAAUUAUACAAAGAGAAAAAAUAUGAAGAAGCUGCACAAACUUAUUUUAAAGCCCUAGGAAUUCUAGAACAAUUAGUAUUAAAAGAGAAGCCUGGUGACAUAGAGUGGGAGAAACUAGAGGAUAUGAAAAUACCUUAUUUAUUAAAUUAUUCACAAUGUCAGUUACUAAAGGGAGAAUAUUACCCAGUUAUAGAGCAUACAACAUCAGUAUUAAAACGCGAUCCUGAUAAUGUAAAAGCCUUGUUUAGAAGAGCAAAAGCCCAUGUAGGUGCAUGGGAUCCAGAGGAAGCAAGAAAAGACUUUAAUCGCGCACGAGAACUUGACUCCAAUUUAUCUAAAGCCGUUGAAAAAGAAUUGAAAUCUUUAGAUGAAAAAUUAAAAGUAAAAGAACAAGAAGAAAAGUUGAAACUGAAAGGAAUGUUUUAAUUUUAAGUGAAUUGUGUUCAUUUAAUUUUAAAAGUGUUUAUGUUAAAGUGGUAUUAAUGUCUUGAAGGUUCUAUGAUAGAAUCAUUAAAUUACUAUCAUUUUUAUACAACAGGAAUAUAUUAAUCAAAGUAUUAUAUUUUACUCCUAGCUGUGGAGGUUACGUGGCUCAUUAAUAAGAGAAGAUAAAUCGAGUGGUAGUUAACGUUGCGUUAGUAGUAUUGGAUAACUAUCAACAGUGUUAGUGUUUACUUCAUUUCUAGCCCAAGACUUUAUUGAUGGACAGUUACAUCUCAUAUCUAGUCUUAAGAUAUUAUAUAACAGUUUUACAAUCAAAGAUUUGUGUAUAUAAACCAUACUGCUAGCCAGGACUUUGUACGAACAAAUGGAUGACGAAUUGCUUUGCUAAAAAAUGGGGUUGAAAAGUUGGUGGAUGAGAAGAAUUACUAUAGAAACAACAUUUUUUCACACCUGUUGAUUCUUUAUUGUCCACAUUUGACAAAGGGUGUCCACUUGAAACAGUCUGGAUAUAAGUGUCUAAAAUUUUAUUUUUAGUAACACCCAGAGUGCAGCAAAUUACUCGAUCAGCAUAGUGAGCUCAAAAGUUAGAAAAUUCUUAUGGCAUUUUUAUAACCAUAUACAUGUAUUGGCACUAUAAUGUUUUGAAAGUUUGGUUUCAUGCAAGCGUUAUGUGUGUGUGAAUACUUGCUGGCAUCUUGUGGCCAACCCUGGCUAGACAUUGAUCGACUAUAAUCUGAUUUAAAUCUAGAGCUGUAAAUAAAAGUCAUGCAUGGUUGUUCUACUAAAUUUCUAAUCAAUUCUAUCAUAUUUUCCCAGAGCUCAAAAUAAAUUAAUACAUUUUUCAAUCAGUAUAAAGAAUUUUCUUUAGCAAUAUUUUUUUUUUAUUACAGUUCACUGACAUUUUCUUGCCAUAUAUCACAGGAGAGUUACAUACAAAAUAGUUAUAUGAUUUUGAUCCUUAGGAAUGGUCAGGUCAGGUGCCUGCAAAUAUGACCUUUCUUUUAUAAUAAUGUUGUAGAUUCCAGAAAAAUGAUGUCAUCAUUCAUUGUAUUAAUAUACAAAAUUAUUGUAAAUUUGAAAAUAUUAUUUUACUGUUUAUCAAAUUCAAUAUAUAUUAUAAAACUGUUGUAAUGAAAGUGAUAUUGUCAAGUAUUUUAGGAAAUAAUAUUUGAGGUUAUCAUAUUUUAUUUUCUUGCAACUGUAUAACUCUCUUGUGAGAAAUUUGAAAGCAUUAAUUCCUGACAUGAAAAAUUACCUGCAACAAUAUUAAAACAUGAAUCUCUUCCACAUUAAUUAAACAACCAUCAUUUACAACCCAUUGAUAGUUGAUAAGUAUUUCAGAAUGCUGACAGAAGUUUUCAAAACAUUAAUUUCUCAACCAUCAAUCUCAGAAUGCUGAUAGAAGUAUUCCAAACUCAUCUAUUAAUGCAUACAGUAUUGUUUUGAUACAGGUAAAUAAAUCAUUGUAAUCAGGUCAAUAUAACCAAUACGCAUUGAAAAACUUAAAAUAUAUAUUCCCGGUCAAUUUACACCAUUCUCAAUUUCUAUAAUUUAUUGUUUUGUUUAUUAUCAAGUUUAUACCCUACAUUUUAUUGUAUUAUAUAUUGUAUUUUAAAUAUUGGAAUAAAGGUUAUUGUUAUAAAUUU